AUGUCUGUGCUUCCGGUCCGAAUCCUCCACCGGGUCUGGAUCUUGAAGAAGACUGUCAUCCUCAUCUUCACGCCGUUACUGCUGCUGCCGCUGGCAACAAGCACCAGGGCGGCCGCGUGUGGGUACGUGAUUACGCUCAUGGCUGUGUUCUGGUGUCUGGAGAUCCUGCCGCUUGCCGUCACUGCUCUGCUGCCCACAAUCCUGUUCCCUCUGCUGGGGGUGAUGGAGAGCCGAGACGUCUGCGCUCAGUACCUGAAGGACAUUAACUUCCUGUUUGUGGGGGGUCUUCUGGUGGCAGUGGCGGUGGAACAGUGGGACGUCCACAAACGCAUCGCCCUGAGAGUCCUGCUGAUGGUGGGGGUCCGGCCUGCGCUGCUGAUGCUUGGCUUCAUGUCCGUGACUGCCUUUCUCUCCAUGUGGAUAAGUAACACAGCCACCACUGCCAUGAUGGUCCCUAUAGUUCAGGCUGUCCUGGAACAGAUCCACGGACCCAGAGAAGACCUGGACCAGACUGAGACGAAAACCAGAACAGAGACAGACCCCGGAUCUAAGACCAACUCGGAAUCAGAGGAGAUUGAUCAACUGAUAGACCAGAAGAUCCACUGUGCCCGUCAGGCCAGCUCUGAGAACGGAACGCUUUUCGAGAAGAUCCAGACUCCAGACUUAGCCACGCCCCCUCCAAUGAAGCUCCUCCCCCAGGCCCAGCCCAGUUCAGUGGUCCUGUGUUUGGAGCCUGAGGAGGAGCGUGAGGAGGAGGAGCAGAGGCUGAGGAGGUCCAAAGGGUUUCUGCUGAGUGUGUGUUACGCAGCGAGUAUAGGAGGAAUCGCAACCUUGACGGGAACUGGACCGAACCUGGUCCUGGUGGGACAAAUGAGCCAACUGUUCCCGCAGAACCCAGACGUGAUCAACUUUGCGUCGUGGUUCGCCUUCGCCUUCCCCACCAUGUUACUGAUGCUGCUGCUCGCCUGGCUCUGGCUGCAGCUGCUCUACGUUGGCUCUAGCGCUUUUAGACACUGCAGUACCUCUCGCUCGCCACAGGAGGAGCAGGCCUUCAGAAUAAUCCAGGACCAGCACCGCAGGUUGGGACCCGUCAGCUUCGCCCAGUGCAGUGUGAUGUUGCUUUUUGGCCUCAUGGUGGCGCUGUGGUUCACCAGAGACCCACGCUUCAUGGACGGAUGGGCCACACACCUGUUUAACAGCAACAAGGAGUUCGUGACAGAUGCCACGGUGGCGCUCUUUGUGGCUGUGCUGCUCUUCAUCCUUCCAUCAGAACCGCCCACUUAUCUCUACUUCUGGAGAGACUCAGAGGCCUCGGUGUGCUCUGGCCCCGCCCCUCCACUCCUUACAUGGUCAGUGGCUCAGAAGAAGAUUCCCUGGAACAUUGUGUUGCUGUUGGGAGGAGGCUUCGCUCUGGCCAAAGGCAGCGAGGAGUCCGGUUUGUCCCGGUGGCUCGGGGAACAGAUGACUCCCCUCCAGACAGUGCCACCGUGGGCCGUUGCAAUGGUGGUCUGCCUCCUCGUCGCCACCUUCACAGAGUGUGCCAGUAACGUUGCCACUGCAACACUUUUCCUGCCCAUCCUUGCCUCCAUGUCCCAGUCCAUGUCCCUGAACCCACUCUACGUGAUGAUCCCGUGCACGCUCAGCGCCUCCUUGGCUUUCAUGCUUCCUGUGGCCACGCCCCCAAAUGCCAUCGUCUUCUCCUAUGGAUACCUUAAAGUCUCCGACAUGGCUCGCUCUGGUGUGGUCAUGAACCUCAUCGGUCUCCUCUGCAUCACUCUGGCUCUGAACAGUUGGGGAAGAAAUACGCGCACCCGCAACACCACCUACAGUGCGGUUCGCGUUCACACAGGGAUCCGCGCCCGUCGCCAUGGAAACCGUGACGUGUUCAUAAUGUAUCCAGCUGAGGACACUAUUCAAAAUCUGAAGUGGGUUCUGUCUUGGAUGUCCCCUGUCCCUGCUGUCCUCCCUGCUGUCCCCUGUCCCUGCUGUCCUCCCUGCUGUCCCCUGUCCCUGCUGUCCUCCCUGCUAUCCCCUGUCCCUGCUGUCCUCCCUGCUGUCCCAUGUCCCUGCUGUCCUCCCUGCUGUCCUCCCUGCUGUCCUCCCUGCUGUCCCCUGUCCCUGCUGUCCUCCCUGCUGUCCCCUGUCCCUGCUGUCCUCCCUGCUGUCCCCUGUCCCUGCUGUCCUCCCUGCUAUCCCAUGUCCCUGCUGUCCUCCCUGCUGUCCCCUGUCCCUGCUGUCCUCCCUGCUGUCCCCUGUCCCUGCUGUCCUCCCUGCUAUCCCCUGUCCCUGCUGUCCUCCCUGCUGUCCCCUGUCCCUGCUGUCCUCCCUGCUGUCCCCUGUCCCUGCUGUCCUCCUUGCUGUCCCCUGUCCCUGCUGUCCUCCCUGCUGUCCCCUGUCCCUGCUGUCCCCUGUCCCUGCUGUCCCCUGUCCCUGCUGUCCCCUGUCCCUGCUGUCCUCCCUGCUGUCCUCCCUGCUAUCCCCUGUCCCUGCUGUCCUCCCUGCUAUCCCCUGUCCCUGCUGUCCUCCCUGCUGUCCCCUGUCCCUGCUUUCCUCCCUGCUGUCCUCCCUGCUAUCCCCUGUCCCUGCUGUCCUCCCUGCUGUCCCCUGUCCCUGCUGUCCUCCCUGCUAUCCCAUGUCCCUGCUGUCCUCCCUGCUGUCCCCUGUCCCUGCUGUCCUCCCUGCUAUCCCAUGUCCCUGCUGUCCUCCCUGCUAUCCCCUGUCCCUGCUGUCCCCUGUCCCUGCUGUCCUCCCUGCUAUCCCCUGUCCCUGCUGUCCCCUGUCCCUGCUAUCCCCUGUCCCUGCUGUCCCCUGUCCCUGCUGUCCCCUGUCCCUGCUGUCCUCCCUGCUAUCCCCUGUCCCUGCUGUCCUCCCUGCUGUCCCCUGUCCCUGCUGUCCUCCCUGCUGUCCCCUGUCCUCCCUGCUGUCCCCUGUCCCUGCUGUCCUCCCUGCUGUCCCCUGUCCCUGCUGUCCUCCCUGCUGUCCCCUGUCCCUGCUGUCCCCUGUCCCUGCUGUCCUCCCUGCUGUCCCCUGUCCCUGCUGUCCCCUGUCCCUGCUGUCCUCCCUGCUGUCCCCUGUCCCUGCUGUCCUCCCUGCUGUCCCCUGUCCCUGCUGUCCUCCCUGCUGUCCCAUGUCCCUGCUGUCCCCUGUCCCUGCUUUCCUCCCUGCUGUCCUCCCUGCUAUCCCCUGUCCCUGCUGUCCUCCCUGCUAUCCCCUGUCCCUGCUGUCCUCCCUGCUGUCCCCUGUCCCUGCUGUCCUCCCUGCUGUCCUCCCUGCUAUCCCCUGUCCCUGCUGUCCUCCCUGCUGUCCCCUGUCCCCGCUUUCCUCCCUGCUGUCCUCCCUGCUAUCCCCUGUCCCUGCUGUCCUCCCUGCUGUCCCCUGUCCCUGCUGUCCUCCCUGCUGUCCUCCCUGCUGUCCUCCCUGCUGUCCCCUGUCCCUGCUGUCCUCCCUGCUAUCCCCUGUCCCUGCUGUCCUCCCUGCUGUCCCCUGUCCCUGCUGUCCUCCCUGCUGUCCUCCCUGCUGUCCUCCCUGCUGUCCCCUGUCCCUGCUGUCUGCCUGUCCUGGAUACCCCUUAUCUGGUCUUACCCUGGUGUUUCCUCAGAGGAGCAGUCGCGGAGCCGCUUCCAGGCCGAGCUGGAGUUCAUCCAAUGUUUGGCCAACCCCAACUACCUCAACUUCCUGGCUCAAAGGGGAUUCCUCAGAGAGCGUCCGUUCAUUAACUACCUGAAGUAUCUGCUGUACUGGAAGGAGCCGGAAUAUGCCAAGUUCCUAAAAUACCCCCACUGCCUGCACAUGCUGGAGUUGCUGCAGUACGAACACUUUCGUAAAGAGCUGGUGAACGCUCAGUGCGCAAAGUUCAUUGAUGAGCAGCAGCUUCUACACUGGCAGCACUACUCCAGGAAGAGGAGCCGGCUACAACAGGCACUAGCAGAACAAGCAACGCAGCAGGCUCCAGCCCAACAGCAUGGGAACACUGCUGCCAAAUGA